UCGGACUGACAGCCUGAAGAGUGGCACUGGCCUCUUCGUCCUUUCCCUGUCUAUGGCCGACUUCUUUCGGGGACUCACAGUGAUGACCUACGUGCUGGCGACAUCAAUCAAACACGGUGCAAUCCAGCUAGAUGGCGCUUCCUGCAACUUUGGUGGUUUCACCAACACGCUUUUCCUCAGUGCAAGUCUGCUGACGCUCGCAGCUGUUUCAAUUGAUCGGUACAUAGCUAUUAUCCAGCCUCUCAAAUACCACCAGUUGAUGACAGUAGCACGAGCAACAGGUUUACUUACCGGUGUAUGGGUCAUAGCCUUCCUCAACGCUUUGGGGCCUCUGUUGGGCUGGUCGUCUUACGUAUUCAUCCCGAGUCGUUCGAUUUGUACUUUUUCUUGGCUAGGGAGUCUGUCCUACAGUAUAACCUCGGUGACAGUUUCCUUCGUGGUGCCUUUUCUUAUUCUUACGUUUUGUUAUGUAAACAUCUGCCAUGUUGCUUGGCAACAGCAAAGGAAAAUAGCAGCGAUCAACAACCAGAUGCUCGUUUCCAAGCAGGUCGUGGGUGCAACCUCCGGUGAAAGCACACCUCCUGUCACGCGGCAAGCAAAGUUUGCACACAUUCUCAGCAUCAAAAAGGAGAAGAAAGCAGCUUUGACGCUGUUUCUUGUUUUCGGUAUAUUCAUUGUUUGUAUAACUCCGUCUUACAUUAUAACCAUUUGGGAUGCGUACAAUCCAGCACAGGCACAUGAUGAUGGAAUGGUCUUGGCUUUGGCGCUAUCCGGGUUAAUUUCCUAUGCCAAUUCCGCGGCCAACCCAUUCCUUUAUUGCAUACUAAAUAAGGCUUUCAAACAAACGUUUGUGAAUCUAAUUUGCUGUCGAUAUCAGCGGACUUAUUCUAUGAGUAACCUCAGUCAGGAACAAGCCGAGAGAGCGAUACACAGACAAUUUAAGCUCAGGUUUAAAGAGACUGAUUCCUCCAUGAGUUCUAACAGUCAUGCCAGUGAAGACGCGGCGGAUGGAAGGAGGAGUACCCCACCCUUCAGUACGGACCAAGCUUACACUCGCACCCCGACACGCCCGCCGAGGCCACACAGUGGCUCCAUGAUUGUCACAAAGCAAAGAAGGCCUGGAAUGACUGUCUCCGUGCCUCUGCAGCGGGCUUUACUCAUCAACCGGAUGUUCCUCGCAGAGAAUGUUUUACAGUGAUAUGUAUCAGUGAUGAAUUGGGCACAUGUACUCGAUCC